AUGCACCGCACGUUUGCAUCUGCUACCCUCAUUGCCCUCCUCGUCUGCGUCGCGGCCUCGUCUGCUCAGUUCAACGAGGAUGUGAGUGCAACCGGUGCGGCCAAGGUGGCCGUCGCCGACAUUUCUGGCGAUGCAGUUGUUGUCAUCGGCGACGCGGAAACGAUCAUCACGGUCGUGUGCGCCAGCCAGUGCGCGACGCGGACGGUGGCGACCCAUACCAACUCUACGAUCGGGUUCUUCGGCCCACGCGACAUCAACAUCGCCUCGACGAUAUCGUACAUGCCGAACGGUGAGCGCGGCCCGAUCGAGUGCACCUCGCUCUCGCUCGUCCAGCCGACCCGCCCGCCAGCGCCUGGAUCGAUGAUACUUCCGCGGCAAGUUGCCACUGCAAGCGUGGUCCUCCCAUCUGGUCGUGUCGGCAUCGCCAUUGCGCUCUCGUCGUGCACUUUGCCGUCGAGUUCGCCGACUCAGCUCGUCUACUACACCUGCAACACCAUCACCUGCUCGUCGACGAGUGAUCUCGUGCUCGGCCAGCAGUACCAGCCGCAAGCGCCGGGCUACUCGUGCGCGCCCGGAGCGUCGCUUAUCUCGAUGAGCAUUGGCCUUAUUGCUGAUCUCCCGGCCUUGUUCAUGGCCCAUGCUGACGGCUCGACGACCUUUGUCCGCUGCAAGACCGAGACGUGCAAGGCGUCGUUCCAGAGCGUCAUGCACGCCAUGGUCGCGCCGUCGCUCCCGUCCAGCUACGCCAAUGACCUCUCCGACGACCAGAAGGCCACUCUUCAGUGGGGCCUCGCCACGAACUCGCCGCUCUUUGGCGCAGCUUCCAUCCCCGUCGUUUGGUCGCUGCCGGUCAGCAACGUGGCCCCGCUCAUCACCACCGAGUGCAAGGACGUCCUUUGCCGUGCGCUCCAGGCUCCGUCCGCGCUCACCGACAUUACUUCGGGAACCAAGUCUCUUCUCUCGACCUCGGUCUCGGGCGCCACAUCCGCGGAGUUCGGCACCCAGACCGGAUUUGAGCUUGUGUAUGCCGUAUCGGACGUCAGCGCCGGCGAGAUCACCGUCCAUCGCCGCAAGACGACGACAUCUGGCUCGACAUCGCAGCAAUGCUCGUCGGCGCGUGCCUCCGGUCCGGGCCUGGCAGCGGCGACGGUGGCGGUGGCAGCGGCACUUGUUGUGGCCGUCAUUCUCUGA